AUGGACAAGUAUGGAGCAGCUCCAGGAGGACCAGCAUUCCCAGGACAAGCCCAGGAUCCCAUGUAUGCUUGCUUUAGUGCAGUAGCCGGGCUGGAUGGACAAAUAGAUGCUGAGGAGCUGCAGAGAUGCCUGACUGAGUCAGGGAUUGUAGGAACAUAUAAACCUUUCAACUUGGACACUUGCAGACUCAUGAUCUCAAUGCUGGAUAGAGAUAUGUCUGGCUCGAUGGGAUUUAAUGAGUUUAAAGAACUCUGGGCUGCGAUCAAUGGCUGGAUGCAGCACUUCAUGACUUUUGACAGAGACAGAAGUGGCACAGUGGAUCGUCAAGAACUAGAGCAAGCCUUGAAAAGUAUGGGAUUUCGACUGAGCCCGGUGGCAGUGACCGCGAUCACAAGGCGAUACAGCACCCACGGAAAGAUCGCGUUCGACGAUUACAUCGCCUGCUGCGUCAGGCUCAGGGCCCUCACAGACUGUUUUAAAACAAGGGAUGUAUCUCAGCAAGGUUUUGUGAACUUCCAGUAUGAUGAUUUCAUACGGUGUGUAAUGAGCAUCUAAGUCAAAAGAAGCUUCACAAGGAGCCGUGGAUGAUCAUGAUUACCAUUCCAGUUUGUCUUAUGCCUUGCCAAAAGUUACCACAGUUGUGUAUCUUAAUACUGUAACUUGCUUA